CUCCAACAUCAUCUUUUGUGACCUAUUAUUCAUCGUAAGACAACAUGGACAUCUCUGGAUUACUCACUACAUUUAUCAUACUAUUAAACCUAUUAAAGGAUGGAAGGAGCAUCUACCGUGUUCCCCUCUUGGAUGUGUCCAUGAUUGAUGAGUUCAUAGAUGAGUCUCGAGACAAACUCUACAUCAUCCUGUUUUACUCUUCAGUGGGAUGCCUGGAUUGUAGAGAUGCCAUGAAAGAGUUCCAAGAUGCUGCUGAACCAUUCAAUGAUCCGCGGGCUGAUGUUGAAUUUGCGCAGAUAGACACACUCAGAGACAAAUAUGUGGAAAUGAGAUUCAACGCGAGGAUGAUACCAUUGGUUAUCUAUUACCUACCUGGUAGCACUGAGCCACUGAAGUUGGAUCCGGAUGAAGCAAUAACGAAGAAGAACUUACUAGACCUAGUAAGCAAGAAUAUUAAGAUGAAGCCGUCCAAGAAACCCCCGAGUAUUACAUAUACCUCUAAGCUUGUAUCUAACAUUGAAAGGAUAAAUAAGGUGCUUGAAGAAAAGAUGGCCAGCGUUCUGCUGUUAUUUUAUGCUACCGGAUGUACGAAAGAAUGUCAGUACUUUGAAGAAGCUGCCCAGGCGUUCAAGAAUGAAGUUAGAGUUCUUUUCUUGCGCAUCAACGUCAAUGAUAAACCGAAACUUAUCAAGCAACUGGACCUAAGAUCAAACCCAUCUGUCAAGUGGUAUGACAGGAAAAAAGAAGGACGUUCCAAAGAGUUCAUUGGGACCAUUACAGUCGACAAAUUGGUAACAUUUGUCAACGAUCAAGCCAUGCUUGCAAGAAACAAAGAUGGAACUCUCAAAGAAAAGGCUGCAACAUCUCCGGAGAUGAACGUCGUAGUUGAGAUGAACAUAGGAAACCUGUUGGCUGGCGACAUUAAUGCAAUAACAGCAGUAAAAGGCGAAGGAAGACGGCUAAAGGCAGAAACUAAUUAUGAUGAGUAUUACCUGAACUACUACAUGGAGAUUGUGGAUGGAUUGCAUGACCAUGGAGAAAAAGGAUUGAAAGAAGAGUCUGCUCAAAUAGAUGCAAUAUUAAUAAAUGCUGACCCUAAAAAGGAAAGCAGACGUCUUGAUGACGCCACAAAGAAAAAGAACAUUCUCGAUGUUUUCUACGCUGCAGCUGCCAAGAACAUGUUCCAGAAUAUGAAUAUUAAUGCAGGAGAUAUCAACAGAGUUCAACUUGAUGAGCUGCCUAAAGCAAGGGUAGCUCCACCUAUCCGUGGACAUAGAGAACUCUAACAAUAACACAAAUUAGGAUGUAAAUACUUCAGUAUGACACUCUUCAAAAACUGAGUUGAAACACACAGAAUUAAUUCAUCAUUCUUGAUAAAUGAGCAUGACACAGUUAAGCUCUUAUAGUACAGCAUGAAGUCAGUAUGUAG